UAGUUCUCUUUGACAACUGUUCGACUGGUUUGACGUUUCUUGUCGUUUCCUUACGUGCAUGUGUGAGCCCGUAUUGAUUCAUUGCCGGCUGGAAAUAAAAUAAAUUGCUCCAACUCACUGCCAGUAUCAGAUAACCAAAUUCGGGCGAAAACGUAGACAGUUAAAUUAUCGCAAUGCCACCGAAGAAGCACGAUGAGCCCGAACGAAAGCCGUUGAUUGGACGUAUUGGCACAAAUUUACGUAUUGGUAUUGUUGGUGUACCUAAUGUUGGCAAGUCGACAUUCUUCAAUGUGCUAACUAAAAGUGCGGCACCAGCGGAGAACUUCCCCUUCUGUACCAUCGAUCCAAAUGAGAAUAGGGUACCAGUACCUGACGAUCGUUUCGAUUUUCUGUGUGAUUAUCAUAAACCAGCUUCGAAAGUUCCCGCCUACCUUAACGUUGUGGAUAUUGCUGGUCUGGUAAAGGGAGCCUCCGAGGGCCAAGGUCUCGGCAAUGCUUUCUUAUCACAUAUUAGCGCUUGUGAUGCUAUUUUCCAUUUAUGCCGUGCUUUCGAAGAUCCCGACGUUACGCACGUGGAAGGUGAAGUGAAUCCAGUUCGUGACUUGGAUAUUAUUUCUGAAGAACUACGUCUUAAGGAUGAAGAAAAACUGAUGCAAAACUUAGAUAAAUUAGAAAAAGUCGUUGCGCGUGGUGGAGAUAAAAAACUCAAACCAGAGUACGAUUCCAUGCUCAAGAUAAAAGGCGUAUUGGUGGAUGAAAAGAAGCAACUACGAUUUGCCGACUGGAAUGCACAUGAUAUUGAAACUUUGAAUAAGUAUCUCUUUCUUACCACGAAACCGGUGAUAUAUCUUGUGAAUUUGUCUGAAAAAGACUUUAUACGCAAGAAGAAUAAAUGGUUACCCAAAAUUAAAGAAUGGGUUGACAAGCAUGAUCCAGGCGCAGUUAUAAUUCCAUUCUCUGGCGCUUUUGAACACACUUUAGCGGAGAAGGACGACCUAGAGCGUAAAGAGUACGAAGAAGAAGUCAAAUGCAAGAGCCAAUUGGACAAAAUCAUUGUAACAGGAUACAAAGCAUUGCAGCUGGAAUAUUUCUUCACCGCCGGAGCAGAUGAAGUUAAAGCAUGGACAAUUCAGAAAGGCACCAAGGCACCGCAAGCUGCUGGACGCAUUCACACAGACUUCGAAAAGGGUUUUAUUAUGGCUGAAGUAAUGCAUUUUAAUGACUUCAAAGAAGAGGGCUCAGAAGCAGCUGCUAAAGCCGCUGGUAAAUAUCGUCAGCAAGGACGAAAUUAUGUUGUUGAAGACGGUGACAUAAUCUUUUUCAAAUUUAAUGCUGGAGCUGGUUUAAAAGACGCUAAGAAGAAAUGAUACUGUGUAUUUAUGGUGUUGAUUGCAAUGUUUUAUAUUAAUUUGAUUUUGUACUCUCAAAGCUUUCUGCUUGCUUGAAUUUGUAUUUUUGCUACUUAUAUUUUUAAAUUAAUAUAUUAUGUAUGUUGGACAUUUUCAAGAAAGCA